AUGGAAGCAAUUCUCAGCAGCCAGUCCAGCACGCAGAGCCGACUGAUAUCUGACAUAACCCCCUCAAAAGGCUCCGCAAAACCCCCAUCAUGGUGGACCCGGAUGAGCUUGGACAACUGGUUGUGGGAAUUGUCAGCGGCGUUGCUGUGUAUCUGCAUCCUGAUUGCCAUUGUUGCCAUUCUCCUUGUAUACGACAACCGCGCUGUUCCAGAUCUCCCAGAGGGAUUGACGAUUAACGCAAUAAUAUCCCUUCUUGCGGGCUUUGCAAAGGCUGCCCUACUGGCAGUACUAGCUUCGGCCAUUCGACAGGAGAAAUGGCUGUGGUUCAUCGGAAAACCACGGCCACUCAACACCGUCGACGCUUUCGAGGAAGCCAGCCGUGGCCCUUAUGGUUCAACUCUCCUCAUUCUCAGUCGUCGAGGCAGUCUUCAAGCACUAGUCGCCGCAUUGGUCACCGUCCUGGCUCUCGGCUUCGAGCCAUUUCUGCAGCAAGUUCUGAACACUGUAGUGCGCGACAGCCCUGUCCCAUCGCAACCUGCCUUGAUCCGCACCCCGACCUCGUACAAUGAAUCGGUGAUUGGAAAUCUAGGUGGUUCAGGCCUGUCAUUGAAAGCUUUGAUCGGAGCGUUUGGAGGGGCAUCAGGUGCCAUACCGAAUCCUGUUUGCCCCAGUGGAAAUUGCACAUGGCCAGUGUACAACACUCUUGCAUUGUGCACCAUGUGUACAGACAUGACCAGCAAAGUCAAACUCGGGGGAGACGGGUACAACAUCAACUUGACCUCCCAUUUCGAGGAGUUCUCUCAGAGCAAUCGGACGUCUUCCUCCACCACCUGGACACCAACUUACUCCUUCCCGCACGGAAAUCCCGUCAACGUCUCGGUAACUCUUGACCUGUCUUUGGCGAGCAGCGUGCAGUGGUUUGUCACCUAUCCACGCCGCGUGGUGUGGCCACUGAAUAUUGACCCUACGCCGGACAGCCACUGGGGUAAGAGCUGGGACAAUAAAUCAUAUGCUGGUAUCUCUUCUCCUCUGUUUGCCAUGGGCUAUCUCGACAUCAACACAACCUCCUCCUUCGACCAACUGGUCGUCCAAUCCGCCACGGAAUGUGCGUUUACACCGUGUGUCCGUACUAUGGACACUGCGGUCCGCUCCGGCACGACCAUCUCACAUGCGACAACCACAGAUUACGGCACCAUUAUCAUUAGUCAGAACCAACCCGAUGGGCGCAUUUUGACUGGCUGGGAGGCAGAAGUGAACGAUACGAGUUAUUUCGUCUAUGACUCCGGCAACGAUGAUUCUCAAGGUCGAGCAUUCUUGCUUGUUCAAGCCCUCCGGAUAGCGCUCGAGGGAAAUACCACUUACAGUUACGGCGGGUACUGGUACUCGGACCCUGCUCAACAAGGGGACAUUUACAAUUUCUCCUCGACGGGCUUCGACCAGAACUCGGGGCCGUGGAGCUCUGCGGGUCAGCAGGCGAUCGACGGCAACGGCAAUUUCAGCGACGUCGCGGAUAGUGUUGGGCGGGCAGUGACGGGUCGUUUCCAGCAGCUACAAGAAACCGUGGCCACUGGGACGACUCUGCACAACCAGGCGGUGAUAGUGGUCCGCUGGCCAUGGAUCAGCUAUCCCCUGGCGCUUGUCGUGCUCGGGCUGACCGGGCUGUUCCUGACCAUGUUCUCCACACACCGCAACCACAUGCCAGUAUGGAAGGAGUCGACCCUCCCUCUUCUUUUCCGGUACAGUUCCCCAGUCGAGUUGCAGCAAGGCCACAGCACUCCACCAGGAGGUCUGACACCUCCGCCCGGCACGACCUUUUCGUUUGCAAACACCAUCCCGGGUCCCGAUUCGAACAAAGUGAGCUCGAUCAUCGCCCAGGCUUCAGCGGAGCAAGUGCAGCUGCGUCGCCGGGACUCGUUCUGGGUUCUGGACUCGGAUCCCCUGCCACUGCAAAGCAGCCGGGACGGUUCGUCGAGCCAGCGGACCGUUUGGCAUCGAGUAUAG